CCCCUAAGUUCGAACCCUUCCAACUGUCGCUCCUCCAGCCUAUUUGCGGAUCAUCCUCUCAUCGCCGACCGGCCGUGAUCAACUCGACGAACACUAGCUGGGCUACAUACUACCAAAUCACAUCAUGGACGAUCUUUCAAGACUCAACUGGUCGACCACAAACAAACCUCCCAACACAUUCGCGAAUGUGUCCCUGAAAUCAUCCCCGCUCUCCUCCGCUGGGCAUCAGAACGGCUCAACGCCAUCCAAGAAAACCGCCGGCGAUAGCUUCUCCAAUCUUGUAUCUUUCAGCCGUGACAAGCAGGCCUCCAAUCUGUCGCUACUGGAGCAGCAAAAGAAGCUCGAGGAGCAGCGCCAGAAAGAUGAGGAAGGUCGUCGGAAACAGAUGGACUCGCUGUUCGGGGGUGCCGGCUGGGAUUCUCUUGCUGGACGAGGCAGCGGAACACCUGCGUCAACCGCUUACAGCGCGCCUCCAGCGACCGAUGAUGACGAUCUCCUAGCAGCGUUUAACUCCUCAGCUCCUGUAGAUUCUACCUCCCACUAUCCGGCUCCAGCCACCAGCGUCACUCCGCAGCCACAGAAUGGCUUUGAUCUGCUCGGCGAGCCCUCUUUCGCAGCGAUCACCACACCGUCACUCUCCAACUCCCACUCCCUCGAUCUAUUCGGUACACCCACGAACCUCCCCUCGCGCGGCACCUCGCCCAUCCCGCCGCCGCAAUCGCAAACCGAUGACGAUGAUUUCGAUAUUCUGGGGGAUCUCGCGAAACCUGUAUCGGAGCUUCCACGGCCGCAGCCCACUCCGUCGCCGAAACCGGUGUCCCGUCCGGCUUCCGUACCGCCGACUUCGGAUCCAAGAGACCCCGCAAUCGCAGAGAUAAUGGAUAUGGGGUUUACAGCAGACCAGGCGAAACGAGCAUUGGCCGAGACGGAUACGGGAUUGGAUGUGGAGGCUGCGGUAGGUUGGUUACUGGAGGAUGCUCAUCAAAAGAAUCGGCCCGCUGGUUUGACACCCCCGCAGCAGGAACGUGGGAGGGAGCCACGCGGUGAGAGUAGCCGGCAGCCCCGAACUCCAUCGAACGAGCAGAGGAGGGAGCGGGAAAGGGGGGAUGCCAAUACUCCUGCGUGGGCGAGAGGUGGGCCGCGUCCCGGGGAGAAGGAUAUUGGGGCUUAUGCGGCGGAGGUGGGCGGGACGCUGUUCAAGUCAGCGAAUAGUCUCUGGAGUACGGGCCGCAAGAAGAUGGAGAGGGCGGUCGCGGAGCUGAAGGCGGAUUUGGUGGAUGGUGGAGGUGAUCCGACUCAGCCUAAGUGGAUGAGGGAGCGGCAGAUCAGAGAGGAGCUGGAAAAGCGUGGCGCAAAGGGAAUCUCUCGAAACGACAGACCGCCGUCAGCUGAUGAGGAAGAUACGCGCUCAAGAGGCAGGCCGGAGGCAGCAAUCACAGAUGAAGCGUUGAUGCUGGAAAUGGGAGGAGGCCCACCACCUCCGCGACGGAAGCUUAGGGAAGAACGGCUUUCACCGGCACCUUCCCGGAACUCUGGCAUGUCUGAAAACGAAAGGAUACAACAGCAGCGCAUGCUCGAGAUGGAGACUGCCAUACGGGAGAAGGAGAGAGAGAUGCACGAAAGGGCACUGCGGGAACGGGAAAGGUCACGUGCCGGAGCUGCUAUUCCCGACAGUGCAAGCAGGAAAGCUAAACUGGCCUCCGAGAGCGAACCGGUAUACGUCUCGCGCAACCGCCGACGACCACCUCCGUCCUCCGCUUCCGCCUCGAAACCAUCUACUCCCGAGCCAGACCUCCUCGGGGGUGGUAGCGGUAGUGGCCUAGGCGACAGCAGAGGCAGCAGCUCACUAAACCCCUUUGCCCGCGAUAUGGCAGCAGAAAGCCAGCGGUCUCCCCAACCCUCGACAAUAUCAAGGACACCAACUCCCCGCCGCCCAGCUCCCAAGCCACGACAGUCAGUUCCAAUCUCACCAUCUGCACUGGCUCAAUCCAACGCGGCGCGACAGAAAGGAACCGAUGCCUUCAAGCGUGGAGACUAUACCGCCGCAGACACCUUCUACACAUCUGCACUAGCCCCAGUUCCAGAAACCCACCCGCUGUGCAUAAUCCUCCUAGCCAACCGUUCCCUGUGCAAAGUCAAACUUGGCGGUCCCAAAGACGCCAUCGUCGAUGCCGAUGCCAUUCUCCAUCUCAUAGGCGAAUCUCGUGGAGAAUCCGAAACCAUCACGCUUGACGGCACGGAAAAGGACAUGAAGGAUUAUUGGCUUAAGGCCAUCAUGCGAAAAGCAGAAUGUCUCGAACAACUGGAGAAAUGGGGCGAUGCUAAGGAUACCUGGGAACUUGCCCUCACUGCGGGCGGAAACGCGGCUGCUAUCAAUGGUAAGCGCCGCUGUGAGGCGGCCCUCAAGCCUAAGGCUCCACCGAAGCCGAAGGCCCCCGUCAAGCCUAAGGUUCCAUCGCCAUCUGCUAAGCCGAACGUCGCUGUGGCGGCGCUACGGAAGGCAAACGCCGACCAGGAGCGACAGGAUAAUGAACGCCUGGAGUUGCAUGAUAUCGUGCACGACAGAAUUGGAAACUGGAAGAACGGCAAGGAGGGGAAUCUCCGAGCACUUCUUGCGGGACUUGACACAGUACUAUGGGAGGGGAGUGGGUGGAAGAAGGUUGGAAUGGGGGAGUUGCUUAUUCCCCAGAAAUGUAAGAUCGCUUAUAUGAAGGGCAUUGCGAAGGUUCAUCCUGAUAAGAUCAGUCAGGAUGCUACCACGGAGCAGAAGAUGGUCAGUGCCGCCGUUUUCAGUCUUCUCAAUGAUUCAUGGGAGAUAUUCAAGACUGAGAAUGGGUUGUAAUUAGAAUGGCGACUAUAAUUUCUCUCCUAGGGAUAUCUUUGGUAGCUUGACUUGACGCGUUUAGAACUGCGAGUUUUUGGAUGUUUAUUGCGUUUUUUGUUUUUAUUUUUUCGAUUUUCGAGCUUUAAAGCAUUUCUCUCUCCAUCUACACCAUU